CAAAGCAACUUGACAGCUUUGGGUGUCAUUCUGACUCUCCACUGUCUGUCUGGUGAUUUCUAUUAAAUUCCCAGCUUGGGGACAAAGAGAGAAAAGGAAGGAGUCUCACCCUUCUGACAACUUUGGGGAGCCAGCCAGGAGUCCCAAGCUAACCAUGUGAGUGUGGCGGGGCUUUGCGGAGGCACAGCUGGCCCGGGGCUCUCUUGGCCCGGUACGUCCUGCUUAUCCUUGCUGUUUCUCACUGGGGAAGUAAAGGGGCUCUCGGCUUUUUUGCCGACCAAUCAGGUGGAUGGCCAAAGACUCCUAUCAGCAUGGCUGCUCUUCUUCUGUAGCAAAAGAAACUCAAGAACCUACAGUGGAUACAAAGGGCUUCCUUCCAUCUGGAGAAGCAGUCCCGUGGUCCAAGAUGAUGUGCCCCAACUUCCGGAUCCUUUCGGCCCAAGGUUUCCUUCUCUGUACUGUUCUUUUCUUUGGCAACUGGGAUCCUUGUGCAGUAGCAGAGCCUGAUUCUAUCUCUGGAGCACCUGUUUUCCCCAACAAUUCCAUGAACAGGACAGGCAUGAUACCUUUCGCUUGCCAGAGUUUCCAGUGUUCUGGAGAGAGAUGCUAUCAGGACGAAGCCCACGGAAACAAUACGCUGCCCUGCCACAAUGCUUCACGCUGUGAGCUUUAUCGCCUCAACAGCACCAGCUACACAGCACGGUGUAGCAGUGACUGCGGAUGGGCCAACGCCACCGAGAUGUGCAUCGGCAAUGGUGGCCUGAGCCUGGAGCUGUGCAUUGUAGAAUGUUGCAACUCACCAAACUGCCUGCAGCUUAAUGCCACGGCCUAUGGUGACAGAGCACCCACUACCACCCCAGUUCCCACCACCAUGACCACCACCACUGCACCACCCCGCAAUGGAAAGGUCUGCUCAAGCUUCACCUGCCAUGGAGAAGGCUGCUUCAAAGGUCAGAAGUCCUCAACCAGCUGCAUUGUGGGCUAUAACUUCUGCGAGAUGAAAAAGACAGGCCGCCACUUUGUGGCAGGCUGUAGCAAAGUUUGCAAAACAACUGGCCCUGCCUGCACCACCGGAUCCGCUGCUCCGUGCUAUCAAGAGUGCUGUCAGGCUAUGCCCAAAACCAGCUGCCUGAAGCUGGACGGCAAAGUGCACUUCAAUGGGACGAGGGGCCUGGCGUCAGCUGCUCUGCUGCAGCUCUUGGCCUGGGCUGCCCUGCUCAGCCUGAGCUGCAAUCUCUCCUUCUCAGCUGGACCCAACUGAUCAGCUGCUUGGUGCCCUCAGAUCUGCUAGGAGCCCAGUCCCCGCCCUCUCCCCCAGCUGCUUUCCUUCUGUUCUCCUGGGCUCCUCUUCCCAGGAAAGCAAAAGGCAUCCAGGAAAGUGCUUCUCUCCUUUCUAUACCGCCAGGUGCCCAGGCUAUUCUGUUUUCACCCCAAACAUCAGUUGUGCGUAGGCAGUGGAGCCCAAAGGCUCAGCAGAGGCACCCAGUAUUCUUCAGCAGGGCCGUAGGGACCCUGGACGGCCCACAGUCCUUGGAGCUGGCACGAGGGAUCCCUCUUGGGUCUCUGGGAAAUCCUGUUCCAGGACAAGCCAUUGCUGCCGCCGCCAGGAAGUGGGAUGACUGGGCUGAGCCCCCUCCCGCUCUUCCUCCUGACUUAACUGCUGCUCCCUCGUAGAGAACUCCAGGAGUCAGGCCGAAUGCCGGAAGGGACACUAAGCCAAGGAAGCAAUGUCUUUGAAAAGAAAAGGAAAUCUAGCUAACUCUAGUUUACACCACUCUUUCUUUCAGCCACCCUCUUUCUUCAAACCUUUCUAUCUGUGCAUACCAACUUUGCUUCUGGCUGCUUCCUUUACUGCUGCUUAUUCUUUACACUUAUUUCCUUGUUCUUUUGCAGGAUAUCAUCAACUCCAUCCAAGCCCAACUUUCUCAGUCUUCCCUUCCGCUCAAGCAUUCAUUCUUCCUUCAUUUCACAAUUCAGUCUUUAGCUCCACGUGACCACUCUUACUGCAUCAACUCCAUAUUCUCACAAAACAUUCCAUAAUUCAAGCCUCUCAUAUGCUUUCUCUAAAUGAAGAAACAUACAAAUAACUUGCUUUCUCACAUUCAUACAUUUUUAAAUGAGCUGCUGAACAGCAAAAUAUGGUCUGCACAGCCCCUGCCUGGCUAAAGCCACCCCACACUUCAGAUUUGAUCACUGUCAUUCCUUAUACACUUACAAUCAGAAUCGUGUCACAUGCUUUUCCAGGCAUGCUUAACAAACUAAUCCCCUACAGUGUUUGCGUUCCCUCUGGUUAUGCUUGUCAGACCCAAUCCAGGAACUGCAAGGAAACGAUUCAUCCAAAUUCAGUUCCUUUAUUGAUUACACCUAUAGACAGAAUCUUGCCAGACUCAAUCUAUACUACAGCAACUGGUGGACACACCCUGGGAGAUUCCAUGGAGUGGCUAUCCUGAACCUCUCAUGCUUCCCAAGCUCCCCCUCCAGACUGUGCUGUCUCUUGUCCCGCUUGCCCUUCCUGGAAUGCCCCCCUCCCUCCUGAUAGCCUUGCUCUCUGCUGCAACCCACCACAGCUUCUCUUUAUAUGUGGGAGCAAUGGCGGCAUGCUUCCAGGUGUCAGGCAGAGGCAGACUUCACACACAUUACAGAGUUCACACAGCCACUGUACCAGGAAUAAAAUCCACCAGUUAUACCAAAGACCACAUUUCAGCAUUCUCACAAGUAUGGCAAGUAUGGCUUGCUCCUCAUCUUUUUGGCCACUAACGGUAGCAUUCUCUCAAUUCCAUACUUUGAACUCUCACUACUAACAGAAUGCUCCUAACAACAAUUUCCUCACCUCUUUCAACCCAAAUCAUCCCAUCCCUUCCAUUUUCCAUUCACUCUGCUGGAGGCGUCUUCUUUGGCUCUCUUCGCCCAUGUCCCAAACUAUGUUUUACUUCUGCAAAAAUCGCACUGCAUUUUCUUUGCCCCUUCUAAUCCCAACCACCCCUCACUGCAUUCUUUGCAACUAUUUUGUUCUCUCUUCAUGCAUGAUAAGAGCCUUCCUUCCACCUCAUUUUUCGCAACAGUAAAUUCUCUUAUUUGCAUUUUCCCUCCUCGGUAGCCAAUUUCAUUCUGACAUUCCACCAAGCAUCCAUUCUGUGCUUUCCAGGAGCUGUUGUAACUCUCUGCAAGAUGCUUUCGCGCUGUCCCCAGCAGCGCCAGCUCUCCUUUGCUUAGCUCCGCUUUCCGCAGAUCGAUCCGUUUCGUGGCGCUUUCGCACGCAGCCUCAGUCCUCCUGCGCCCACUGAAUGAAGCUCGGCUUUCCGGGCAGAAGCAGCCCCCGCUUCCCCCCCCCCC